UGACAGCGGGACUUUUACCCGGAAAACACUGUCACUGUCUGUGACUGUGAGUCGUCGGUAGCUAAAGGUCCGUACACUGGACUUUGAGUGUGUUUUUACCUGAAUUCUCCUGAGAACAACAUCGUGUUGAAACCUGCACGAACCGAAGGGUGAUGUUGAGGAGUGUGUUCAGGAGCCUGAGGUCCAACACUGUCUCUGCCCGGAGAAGCAUGGCCCAAAGCAGCCUGGCUGGAAAGGUGGCCAUCGUCACUGCCUCCACAGAUGGAAUUGGUCUGGCCGCCGCUGAGGCUCUGGGAAAGCGAGGCGCCCAUGUGGUGGUGAGCAGCCGGCGACAGGCCAACGUGGACAAGGCCGUGGCGCUGCUGCAGAGCCAGAGCAUCCAAGUGACGGGCACCACCUGUAACGUGGGCAAAGGAGAGGACAGAGAGAAACUGGUUCAAACGACUCUGGAGAAGUGCGGGGGAAUCGACAUCCUGGUGUCCAACGCAGCGGUCAACCCUUUCUUCGGAAACAUCAUGGACUCCACAGAGGACGUCUGGGACAAGAUCCUGUCUGUAAAUGUGAAGUCGGCCUUUCUCAUGACCAAGCUGGUGGCGCCUCACAUGGAGAAAAGGGGAGGUGGAAAUGUAGUGUUUGUGUCGUCGGUGGCUGGAUACCAACCAAUGCAGGCGCUGGGUCCGUACAGCGUCAGUAAAACAGCCUUGUUGGGUCUGACCCGGGCGCUGGCCCCCGAGCUGGCUCAGAGCAACAUAAGAGUGAACUGCGUGGCCCCUGGAGUCAUCAGGACCCGCUUCAGCUCUGCGUUGUGGGAAAAUGACGACAUGAUGGACGAGUUCAAGAAGCAGCUCAGCAUCAAAAGACUCGGCGAGCCUGCAGAAAUUGGCAGCGUGAUCGCGUUCCUGUGCUCGGACGAGGCUUCCUACAUCACUGGAGAGACGGUCACGGUGACGGGGGGGAUGGGCUGUCGACUCUGAGCCCCCAGCGGCGACAACACAAACGUGCACUUGAUUCUUGUUUGUCUGUGUUGAUUAUGUUUGUUUGUGUAUUUGAUUACUGCCAGAACACGGCCACAUCAACCUCUUAUGGGAGAUUCUGCAUUGUUUUCUUAAUGUUCUGUGAUUAAGAUUCCUAAUCAAGAUGUGAGUUUAAACAAAUGGCGUCAUGAGCUGCAACAUUAA